AGUUAAAAUAAUAAUUGUAAGAUUUUGUGAAAGUUUUUUAUAAACAGGCUUUUGUUCCUUAAAUCAUAACAAUAGUUUAAAUACGGAAAAUGAUUUGACUGCCACGUCAAGCUAAAUAAUUCGUCUGCUAGCGUAUCCACUGUCCCGGUUUUUCAACGUGUUUGGGAUUUUGACACAAGACUUGCAAGAAGUCUGUCAAAAUUGGCUAAAAUGGAGUUGAAAUUAUUUUUUGGCCUCAUAGGACUUUUCUUAUAUUAUGCGAAUAAUGUCAGCUGUCAAUAUCGGACCAAAAGUAGUCAGAGUGCCUCAUUGGCUGAACGAGUUCAACAGUUGACUGACAUGGCAAUGAAGAGACCAGUUAUCAAAUUCAAUGGUGCAAAGUUUAAAGAAUUUGUAAAAACUACUCCAAGGAAUUAUUCAGUCAUUGUCAUGUUUACUGCAAUGGCACCGCAGAGGCAGUGUCAAAUUUGCAGACACGCGAAUGAUGAAUUCACAAUAGUGGCACACUCAUUCCGAUACUCUCAAUCUUACUCAAAUAAAUUAUUCUUCGCUUCUGUGGAUUUCGAUGAGGGAUCCGAUGUCUUUCAAAUGAUGAGACUCAACACUGCACCAGUUUAUAUGCAUUUCCCAGCAAAAGGAAAACCAAAGGCAGCGGACACAAUGGAUAUUCAAAGAGUCGGAUUUUCUGCCGAAGCCAUUGCCAAAUGGAUCUCCGAACGUACUGACAUUCAGAUUCGAGUUUUCCGUCCACCAAAUUACUCGGGAACAGUUGCAGUUUCAAUGCUUCUCAUCCUGAUUGGUGGAUUCUUGUACCUGAGACGAAAUAACUUGGACUUUAUUUACAACAAAACGAUCUGGGGACUUGGUGCUUUGUUCUUUACUCUUACAAUGAUUUCUGGUCAAAUGUGGAAUCACAUUCGAAGUCCGCCUUUUAUCCACAAAUCGCCAAAUGGAAACGUGGCUUACAUCCAUGGAUCGUCCCAAGGACAGUUUGUUCUCGAAACUUAUAUUGUCAUGAUUCUGCAUGGAGCUGUCGUCUUUGGAAUUAUUCUGAUGACUGAGGCUGCAGCGCGGAAAGGCGAUGUGAAAAAGCGAAGAAUAUUUGCUGUGAUUGGUUUGGGAUUAGUCACUAUUUUCUUCAGUCUUCUGCUCUCCAUCUUUAGAAACAAGACUCAGGGAUAUCCUUAUAGCCUUCUUUUUAGAUAACUGACUCACAAUAGGUCCAGCGACGACUAAAAUCUGAGUGAUAAUAAAAAACGAGAA